CCUCUAUCUAGGGCUUUGUCGGACAAACCUUAAACCCUCUCGGAGCUUUGGAAGCUUCGGUUAUGGCGAAGAACAGGAACAAGAAGAAGAAAUUGAAAAAUGGCUCAGCCCCGAUGGACCUCACCUCUGAUGAGCAAGUAUUCCAUGUCCCUCAAGCAAUGGAUACUUCAGAGCCGGGAGCUUCCAGAACAUCUAUUGGUGGGCCACAUAGGAAGACUAAAGGCGUCCAAAUGAAGCGAACAAAGAAUGUCCGGAAGAUGAAAGCUAUUGCAAAAGCUAUAUCUAAGAAUGAGCAAUCGGAACAGAAAAUCUCGAAGAAUGAAAGCAAGAUAACUAGAACCCAAUCUGCCAAAAAGCUAUAUGAUUGAAUUAUGUUGUCGUGAAUUCUCAUACAAAGAGUUCAUCAACUUCAGUAUAGGUGCAGUGUGUAGCAAUCACUUUUGGUAUUAUUACAGUUUCUAUAAUCACAUCUGAUUUCUAUGCCUCUGUAACUCUGUCAUGCCUUCUCGCCCUACUUAUGUUGUGCUGAAUGUGGGAGUUGGCAUUUUGAAAAUGCCAUGCCAAAAGUGGAUGAGAGCAUUGGUCGAAUGAAGUUCUGCCUUCUGGUCUGGUAAAUUGAAGUAUGCAACGACCAUGAGGCAGUAAGAAUAAUGCUCGAGAGCCGAAAGGUCCUGGAUGUUCUUCAUAUCUUCAGGUUAUGGGUACUUGUUCGCCUCAGCCAACUAGUCCCGGGUGGCUUUGGCAUUUCGUGUAUAGAAAAUAGAGACUUUUCUAGACAAUUAUAAAAGAAAAUGAAAAGGUUGUUUCUUUCUAUGGAAA